GUAACUCUCUGCUCACAUCUGCCUUUCUUUUUUUGUGCUAUACUUGCUUGUUGUCCCUUUUUUCAGAAAUCAUUUCUCCUCUCUGUAGUCGGUGUAAAAUGAAUGUGAUGUUUGAUUGAAGAGCAGAGAGACUGUUGGGAGUUUGCUGCAGAAGAUUUUUAGUUUUUACAGCAGCAGUCGGCAGGUGAUUUUAUCAGCUCUCACCCUGCGUCAGAAUGCCACUAUUGAAAGACCCUCGGAGAAAAUCAGAUGACAUCAAUGCUGUUUAUGAGCUCAGAGAGAAACUGGGAGAGGGAUCAUUUUCUGAGGUUCGAGUAGCUCAGCAUAAGUUCAGCCACAAGCUUGUAGCUGUCAAGUGUAUCCGCAAGAGGGCGCUGAAGGGCAAAGAAUCAAUGCUGGAGAAUGAGAUCGCUGUUUUACGCAGAAUAAACCAUGAAAAUAUAGUUUCUUUGGAGGAAACUUUUGAGACGCCUACAAAACUGUAUUUGGUAAUGACACUUUUGACAGGUGGAGAGCUCUUGGACAGGAUUUUGGAGAGAGGCAGUUACACUGAGAAAGAUGCCAGUCGGGUGAUAUUCCAGGUGCUGAAUGCAGUGAAAUAUCUCCACCAGCUGGGCAUCGUGCAUCGGGAUCUAAAGCCAGAGAACCUGUUGUAUGAGACUCCAUUAGAAGACUCCAAAAUUGUCAUCAGUGACUUUGGUUUGUCUAAAAUGGAAGAUCAAGGAGCUCUGUCCACUGCUUGUGGGACACCAGCAUACGUUGCUCCUGAACUUCUACAGCAGAAGACAUACAGUAAAGAGGUGGAUAUCUGGGCCAUCGGGGUGAUUACCUUCAUUCUAUUGUGUGGCUAUCCUCCGUUCUACGACGAUAAUGACACACAACUCUACAAACUGAUCAUGAAGGCUGAAUAUGAAUUUGAUUCGCCGUAUUGGGAUGACAUUUCAGAUUCAGCGAAAGACUUCAUACUUCACUUACUGCAGAAAGAUCCGGCCGAGAGGUUCGAUGGUGACCAGGCCUUGCAGCAUCCUUGGAUAUCAGGGGGCGCGGCUUUGGACAAGAACAUUCAUGGCUCAGUGUCAGCACAGAUCCAGAAGAUCUUUGCCAAGAGUCAGUGGAAGAGAGCCUUUAAUGCCACAAUCAUCGUCCGUCAUUUAACCAAGAAAACCCACCCGGAGGAUGAUGAAGGAGAUCAAUCCACAGGGACCAUCUGACGUUCCAUUUGGGAGUUCACCCAAAAAUGUUAAUUCUGUCAUUAUUUACUCACCCUCAUGUUCCAAACCCAUCCAACUUGGUCCAAGUGUCCUGAAGCCAUAUGAUAGCUGUGUGGAACAGAACGAAAUUAAAGUUGUUCGCAGCAAAUAUCCAUCUCUGAUCAUAAAAGACAGAAACAGGAUUUUGAAACGCACCUGAGCUUUAAAUGAAACGCUGCCCGUGAUCAUUCUGUUGCACUUCGCUGAGCUGCCACUGUAGAAAUAUCCUCCGUGGAGAACCGUUCCAUCACAACUCGUGUUUCCAUACGUGUUCUGCUCCCCAUGCGCUUGUAUUUGACGUAUAACAGCAUGCUGCUAUUUGACGGAACUGAAUAUUUAGUCAUGUAGUAUUGUCAAGUGCUGUCACCUUCGAGCGUAUCAAGCGCCUUUACAGGAAAAAAUACUCCACAGCAUGAGAACAUAUAGUUUAUAAAUGAAGUAAAUAAGAAGUCAUUGUUGUUUUGUGUUCAUGAUAAAUAAAUACACAGA